AUGCAGCUGGAGGCAGCCAAUCUGUUUCGGAUAGCAGGUUUAGUCAACUUCGUAAUGCUUCUUGUGUUUUCCGAUUUCUCUGAUCAUCAUCAUCAUCAAAGACAGCAACAGAUAGCAGUCUCUCGUGAACAUCAUCAUCGAAAGCGUGACAUCAGUGUUCAACGCGGAUGCUACGCUGCGGUACAACCAUCAUUUAUCUUAAAGCCUUAUUGUGAAGAAAAGAAUGAAUCUGGAUGGGAAGGGAUCUAG